UCACGAGGCGCUAUGACGAAACACCAGUCACGAGACGCGAUGCGAAAUACGCAUUUUGGCUAAACAAAGGGGAGGGGACGAGAACUCGUGGUCUUACGUGCUCAGACGCCGGUAUUUCGUCAAAGGGGAACGUGCGUUUGGUCGUGUAUUCGUUAGGUGAUAAAAAACGCGACACUUCAGUGAAAGAGCGGAGACUUUAGUGCUUGUGGGUUAACGGGAUACGUGCACGCGUACGGGUGCUCACGACACGAGAGACACGGUAACCGCAUCCUUAAAAUACCCCAGGCUUGGAUAAGGAGAUUGUGUGCUAAAUCUCACGUUCACACAGAAUCCAUCAAUCUUGGACGUUUCCACUCUAUCAGGAUGGAGGGGGAGAAGAAACAGAUAACAUGCUACCUAAUGUUUUCUUUAUCAACGGCUGUAAUCGGCUCUCUACAGUUUGGCUACAAUACAGGUGUCAUCAAUGCACCUGAACAGAAAUUACGAGCCUUUUUCAACGAGACAUGGAUGGAGCGCUACGGGGAGCCCAUCAAGCCGGGCGUGUGCACCAUCGUGUGGAGCUUUGCGGUGGCCAUCUUUAGUGUGGGUGGAAUGAUAGGCUCCUUCAGUGUUGGUGUCAUAGCAAACAAAUUUGGAAGACGUAGAUCCAUGUUUCUCGUGAAUAUCUUGGCUGUAAUUGGUGGCGCUCUCAUGGGAUUGUGCACUCUCUGUUACUCAUUUGAGAUGGUCAUUGUUGGCCGGCUGGUGAUUGGACUGUUCUGUGGUCUCUUUACUGGGCUCACUCCAAUGUACGUUGGGGAGUUGUCGCCCACUCCCCUUCGUGGGGCCUUUGGGACCCUGCACCAGCUUGGUGUCGUGGUGGGCAUCUUGAUUGCUCAGAUCUUUGGUCUGGAGUCUAUACUGGGUUCACAAAAGCUCUGGCCUUUGCUUUUGGCUUUAACCGUCCUACCCGCCAUCGUGCAAUGUAUUCUGCUGCCGUUCUGUCCUGAGAGUCCUCGCUACCUUCUUAUCAACCUCAACCAGGAGGAGCAGGCCCGCAAAGUCCUGGUGCGUCUCCGUGGAUAUGAGGAUGUGGGGAAGGACAUGCAAGAGAUGAAAGAGGAGAGUAUAAAGACACAAAUGGAAAAGAAGGUGACCAUUCCCGAGCUCUUCCGCUCCCCUGCUUACCGGCAGCCUAUCCUCAUCGCUAUAAUGCUUCAGCUUUCCCAGCAGCUCUCCGGCAUCAAUGCUGUGUUUUAUUACUCAACUGGUAUAUUUGAGUCCGCCGGAGUGACUCAGCCCAUCUACGCCACUAUUGGAGCUGGUGUAGUCAACACCGUGUUUACUGUGGUGUCUCUCUUCUUGGUGGAGAGGGCUGGACGGAGAACUUUGCAUCUUAUUGGUUUGGGUGGAAUGGCUGUCAGCGCCUUGAUCAUGACCAUCGCCCUCUUAAUGAAACACAUAGAGGCAGUUCGGUACCUCAGCAUUGCUGGAGUUUUUGCCUUCGUGGCCAUGUUUGAGAUGGGACCAGGGCCUAUUCCAUGGUUCAUAGUGGCUGAACUCUUCUCUCAGGGUCCCCGACCCGCAGCCAUGGCCGUCGCUGGAUGCUCUAACUGGACAGCCAAUUUCCUCGUGGGAAUCAGCUUCCCCAAACUAGAGGAGCUGUGUGGGCCGUACGUCUUCAUCAUAUUCUUGAUCUUCCUCAUCUUCUUCUUCAUCUUCACAUACUUCUGCGUUCCUGAGACGAAGGGGCGAACUUUCGAUGAGAUCGCUCGUGGUUUUAGCGGAGCCCCGCCUCCGGCCACUGCCUCCUUGGAAGAGUCCGGCAGGGCGCCGCUCCCAGACUCUCCAGUGAAGGAAAAGGUCCCGUUGGUGGAAGCUUCCAAAAAUUGCUCUGAGCAGGGACCCAGCUCAUCCGAGCAGUGCACAGGAGAGGUGGGAAAGGUGGAGGAGCCACUGGUAGAAUCUAGCAAAUAAGUCAAAUCUACAAUAGGUUCAGUUUUUAAAUAACAGCGUAUAAAUACAGCUUAACAUCAUUAAGGCCACAGCAGGUACCACUGAAGAUAGAAAUAUAAUACUAGAGAUUAUAUUGGCAAGAGAUUAUUUAGUUUCAACAGAUUAGAAAGGAAACUGCAGUGGUUAGUCACAAAUCACCUACUGUAGAUGUAUUUUAAAGGGAUAUAAGAGCUCCUAGAGCAUGAGCUUUAUUUUAUUGUUAUUUAUUGAUGGUUGGUGCAAUAUUGAUUAUUGUUUUAAGGGUUUUAUCCUUCUAUCCUCGUGUGUUGAUAUUCCUAUGUGUGUCUUUUUUGGUAACGUUUCAAUGUGAUGUAUAAAUAGGACUGGAUUUCCUAUAUCAAAUUGGGCUUGAAAGGGAAUUUUACAUUUGGCCUUCACAAUCCACUUGUCAUCAGAAUUCACUUUCUUUGAGAAAAAGCCAAAUUGGCCCCUAUAGAUGAAACAGGUUUUUGCACAUACAACAUUUGUUUUAUAUAAUAUUAUGAAAUGUGUAUAUAUUAUACAAUAGAUAUAGAUAUAUAUACUUUUUCAUUAGCUCAGAUCACUACAGUAUAUGGCCAUUUAUUAGAAACAAUACAUUUAAAUAGAUUUAAAUAAAAUAAUAAAUAUUUAUAUUUGGGAUGGUUGGGGAGCUUAAUUAGCUAGUAAGCUUAUGCCAAGAAAUAGUUUACUGCCAAAAAUAAUACAUUUAAAUCAAAUCUUUAGAUGAGUAGCUCAGUCAUACUGUUCAUAUAAACUUAGUCCGAACUGUAAAGGAGGCAAAUGGAUUGACCAGGGUUUAUUGUUUUGAUCAGUAAGGUAGUUUGACAGACUAUGGGCCAGAUUUACUAACAGCUUGCGCAAACACCUCUCUUGUCGUUAAAGGAACUGUAUAUUACAUUGACUUCUAGUGGUUGAACUUGGUAAUGCAGUCUAAAUAUUGCAGACGUGUUUUCCCUGCCCACUCUUGGGUUGCCAGACUUGUAAUCAUAGGGAAACCAUUCUUAUUGCUAUAUACCACCUAUGAAGAACCAUACGGGGUGAUAUAGCACCACUAUAACACCACAUGGUUCUACAUAGCACAAUAUGGUUCUACACUGGUGCUACAUAGGUGCACUAUGGCACUUAAAAUGGUUUCCUUAUGAUUACAAGCCAGUGAACGACUUUUAGUGCAAGCACUGGUUGUUUGCGCAUCUGACAAUGGAAAGCAUAAUUUUUUUGCUAAUUUUUACGUUUGCAAUGCUUUUUAUUGUCUGCAAAUCACAAACCCCCUCAUUUGAAUUUUUUUAUAGCUUAAAGAUGCAAUUUGUAUUAUCUGCGCCGCUAGAUGGCGCCAGAUCAAAUCAGUAACAAUGACGUUGUUUAAUGACGCUCUGAAGCAGCGUGGAAUUAUGGGAUUUGUAGUCUUUAACUCAACCGCUGAUGGCCAUCAAUCAGACGCGAACGAGAAAUCACGUUGACGGAUAAGGUAAUCAAGUCUUAUAAAUGUUGCGUUUGAUGACAUCGUUUAUUUCAUUAUGUUUAUUUCAUUAUGUGAUCUUGGCAUGUUUCCUUAAUAUCUACAAAUAUAUACAGUUCUUUAAACAACUACUAUACUAAAGACACACUAUGACACGCAUACCCAUGGACAAAAAUUAGCGCUGAAAAAACGUGGACACAGUCGUUUAUGCGGCUGACCUUAAUGCAUAUGCAUUUGUAGGAGUUUAUCUUACAGAAGCAAAAUGUAUGGGUAUUUACAUGAAUCAUGCGAUGUGAUUUACUACCUUUAUUGCUUGUCAAUGUAUUGGUAUUUGCGCCAUUUUGUUUAACGCCCAAAAAAGCAUUAAAUUGAGAUGGUCAUUAUAAAAAUGCACUGCAAAAACGUACUUUCUAAUGCUACGUACACACCAAACGCAGGGCAUCGCGUUACUCGCUCUAGAUUACUCGCGGGAUUUAACUUCAUGUCAUGCGAAUGUUUCGCUCGAGUUGAAUAUUUCCAAUUUGGCAAAGACGCGUUUGAGGCGAAUAGCGCGCUUUUUCACGGCAAACGCGCCGCCCAUAUCACCUCAUUCGCAUUGCCCCACACGAGGACGCGUCUAAUUGUGUCUUUGCAUUGACUUUGUAUGUAAUCUACUCGCGCAAAUCUGGUGUGAACCCACAGUAACUUUAGUAUUUACUUAGAGCUUUUUUUUGUGAUUGUUGCGGGCAAAAAUCCUUGAUCGUUUUCUUAAAAACAUUACUUAACGUUUUCUUAAAAAAUGUGAUGGAAUAUGCGGGAUAUUUAUGCGAUGAAACUGCGUGAACUUGCAAAAACUGCAUGAACUUCCAAAAACUGUUUGCAGCUUUUGGAGCUUUUCAUUGAUGUUCACAUCGCGUAAUUAUGUCACUUCUCAACAUUCCCAUGACAACAGCGCAACAAUGUGUGAAAUAAAUACAAAAUUUUUCAACUUUCUGCUUAGAUAUGCAUGAUAUUUGCUAAGUAUAUGCGGGAUUAUGAAAUCAUGCAAACCCCGCAUUUGCAAGCAGAAAUGGGCAAUUUAUUCGACGAAAGUGCGGCGUAUUUAAAAACUACGGUCCCCGCAUAAAUAUGCGGACUUUAUGCGAUCGCAUGAUUCAAUACAUAAUCAGCCAAUCGCGUUUUUCUGGAGCGACUGACAAAUAUCAAACGUUUUUAAAUCAAAUUUAAGUGAAUUUCUGCAUAAAACAAGCAAAAAAUCUGCCAAUGUGGUAAGCAAAUUUAUCUUGAAUUUAUUUUCAAUUAUGUGUUUAAGAAAAAAGUUAAAGAUUUUUGCUUACCCCAUUGGCAAAAUUUUUUUUUCUAAAAACUAGACUUAUUUUCUUAGGUAAUUUUGUUCACCAGGAAAAUGCAUCUUGAUUUAAGAAUUUUUAGAUAUUUGUACUAAAAACAAAACAAAAAUACUAAGAAAGUCAAUUUUUGCGGUUUGUGCCUGUGUACUUUAACAUGCUUGUUAGUAAAUCACUCCCAUCUGCCCAUUUUUGUGUUAAUUUGCCUUGUUAAGUAAAUCUGGCCCUAUAAACAUUAAAAACGCUACUGAAUUUUCUGUGCUAGAUGUUUAGUAUACCAGCAUUUUGUGCACAUAGUCUGCACUGCACCAACUCACUUUAACGUUUGACGGAGCAGUGCCAGACAUCUCACCUGAUUUGAAUAAAUGUUUAUUAUGAUUGUUGCUCUGCACUUUCCUACACCGCAAGUCCUUUUAAAAGAGAAAACAGUAUUUAUUUAUUUAUUUAUAUUUAUUUUUGCUUCUUUUGGAGUGUGUGUAACAAAUUCUAUAAUGUAUGUGAAAAAUUCUUUAUGCUGCCAAUUGCUUACGUGCUCCCGUUUUUUCUAGAUAUUGAAUGUGAAAGUAUUUAUUAAGCAAAUUUAGUAAUUGUGUGUACAAACAUGCUGUUCCCUGUAAAUCAUAUAUUGUUGCAUGGAGAGCAACUCCAUGAAAAAUAGGCCAAGAAGGAACAUUCCACAUGCUGUGGUGUGCUGUGACUGCAUAGCUUUACAUUGAGCUUCACAAUCAGCUGUUAUACACUUCACAUACCUCUGCUGUGCAUAUUGUACACAUUAAAAACACAUUUUUCUGCUUAUUGUACAAAGUUAGAAAAACUUCACUGUAAAUAUCUGCAUUGAUGUUUUGUGUUGGAUGGUGUCGUUGUUUUGCUUGCAGUUGAAAGAGAACGUCUGUCCGCUUGACAAAAGUGUUGAUGCUUUGACAUUUGUAUAUUUGAUGGUGGGUUUUCAUGCAGGUGUAUCAAAAUCAUGAGUGGUGUGUACAGUUGUUUUAUUAUUUUGUGAAUAAAUAGUCUAAAUUA